AUGAAGGUCCAUAUAAAAUUUAAUCUACUAUUCUGUGUAGCUUUUGUAUAUUCACAAAUCGACAGCUCACUCGUCAUAAAAGCUCAAAAAUUUGGAAGCAGUGUGAGCACUCUAUCUUCUGACUCAGUUAUAUAUUGGGGUGAAUCUUUCGAAGAAAGUUAUUUCUAUGGCGAUCUUAAAACAUCUUCUUCAAUUCAGAGAACAAAGGAUCAAGAUAUAUACAUGUCAGCGUUAUGAAUUGCCUACGAUGCCCAUUAUAAGCUUAAUUUGAGUUUAUCUGAUGGAAAUUAUAUAUUGAACUUGAGAUUUGCUGAAAUUGAAUAUGAUUCUCCUAAUGAAAGAGUUUUUUCUAUGAAUUUUUGUGGAGAAAGUAUUUUUGAGUAUCUAGAUAUAUAUACUCAAGUUGGAGGAAAAAAUAAAGCUUUAAACAUUUUUUAUGAAUUUAGUGUAAGGAAUGGGAUAAUUCAAUCAUCAAACUAUAAUAUUGCUCAAAAUGAUGGAAUGCUAGAUUUUGAAUUCAUUUCAGUUGUUGAUAAAGGGAUAAUAAAUGCUUUACAAAUUAUUAAGGGAACUUGCAGCGACACAGGAAUUUGUAAUAAUUGUUAUGAUCCAAAAUGUCUUGAGUGUGAUAAUGAUGCUGCUAUUUGUACAAAAUGCAUGUACAAUACAGGUCUAAAUGAUAAAAAUUAUUGCCAAUGCAAUUCUAUGAAUAUAAAAGCUAUAAUAAAUGCUCCAGAAAGUGUAUGCAGUGACUGUAUUAUUACUCUUGAUGGCUCGGAAUCUUAUGGAAGUGGAAAACUUAGUUUUCAGUGGGUAAUUGAUAAUAAAUUUUACUCAAAUUCUGCAGUUUGCUACUAUACUGUGCAAGAUUCCUCAAAAACCCACAUCAUAGUAAAUUUUACAAUCUCUGAUUCCUGUGGAUAUACAAAUACAAUUGGCAAAGUUAUCAACGUCAGUAGAGAUUCUAUUGUUGUUAAUAUUAUAAGCUAUACCAAUAGUUAUCAAGUCAAUAAAUACUCAACAUUUUCUGCAAAUUAUAUUACAAAAAAUAGUAGCUUGCAAAACCCAGUCUAUACAUGGUCGAUCUCACCUGAUAUUAGCUCAUCUGUAAAUUUAAACCAAAAAGAAAUCACAAUAAAAUUUCCUGAUACACAAAAUUAUACAAUUGCACAUUUUAAAUAGGAGUUAGGGUAGGACUGCAGUCCUGCAGCCGAGCUCUUUGAGAGAAGUCAUCGACUUCUUUAGAGUCUCGGCUCGAAGAGAAGUGUGUUCUACACUGAGGCUGAUGCAGAAAGAGAGAUCCUAAGAGGCUUUGGGGACAGAAACAGACCUACGGCUAGUCUUGUCUCACUUACCGUUAAUCAUAGCUUUGGUCCAAGUUGAGGCUACAAGGGAAUGGGCCUUGAAAAAGAUAAUCUAUUAUAUUGAAACUGAAACUUAAGCACAAUUGCAGUCACAGCUACCUUUGAUAGUGCUUCUGCUACGACUUCUAAGAUUAUAACCCCAAUGCCAGAAAUACCAAUAAUUUCUGUUUUAGGGGUGAAUACAGAAAUAUAUUGAACAGCAAAUAUCAUAUUUAAUGCUACCCUUCUAUAUGAAAAUGGGUCUAACCAAGUUAACUAUCCUCUGAAUUAUUCAUUUAUUGAUUGUGCAUACGGAAAAAUUACUUCUCUUGGGCCAAAUAGUGACAAAUCUCUCUGGAGUUUUCGCUUCCAAGGGACAAAGAAUUUUGAUUCUACCUGCAGUUUUGAAAUUUCUAUUGAAAUUGCAGGAAAUAUAUAUAGCGCGGACUGCUAUUAUAAUUUAACUCAAACGACUAUACCUCUUGUAUAUGUUUCUUACCCCUACCCUUAUUUUGACUGAUCUUCUGAGAUAAGAUUUAUGGCAAAUAUUCCUGAUCAAACAAAUUUAGUUUUCAGGUGGAUUCAAACUGAUAGCAACCCUCAAUUAUCAGAGUCAGACCUUGCUACUUAUAAAAAUCAAUCUUCCUAUACAAUUUUGCGUUGCGUCACAAUUCCAACAAAAGCAUAUGAGUUUACAAUAGAAGUUGAAGAUAUCACCACCAAUACAAAAAUUGAUGUAAAAACCAAAAGACCAGUAAAUAGUCCACCUCAAUAUGGAAAUUUUGCAGUAAAUCCUUCAAGUGGGAGUACUUUAGAAACACAGUUUAAUGUUAUUUUUCAAAAUUAUGUCGAUCCUGAGCAAAAUAAUCCAAUUUCUUAUCAAAUUUUACAGCUAAAUGAUGAUGGAAGCACUAUAGCAAUUACCCCGAAAACAUAUAGUAACAGCUUUAGCAUUUAUAUUGGAGCUAAUGGAAAUUUAACGUUAUUGGGAAGAGUUUAUGAUAGCUUACUCCCCCCCCCCCCCUCGUGAGCGAACAAAAAAAUUUUGUUCACUCACGGAGGGGGGUUAAUUUUUUUUUUUUAAAAACAAUUUAUAUAUAAAUUUUAUAAAAAAAUAUUUUUUUCGAAAUUAAAAAAAAAAUCCUAAUUUGCAAAAAUUGGGAAGCAAAUACUAAUUUAAUUUGCAAAAUUUAUGUUUUAAAACGCAAUUUGUUUAAAAUUAAACAGAAUUAGCUCUAGAUUUCAUUAUACUAAUUAUCACUUAUAUAGCAAAAUUUUUUUCUAUUAAAAUUUUUUCUAUUAAAAAUAUUUUUGUUCACUCACGGAGGGUGGGGGUUUUUGGUCAAAAAAUGGCGAUUUUUCUAAUGGUUUUGUUCGCUCACGGAGGGGGGGGAGUUAGGAACUUUUAAUAGCACUGCAUACAAAAUUUCGGUGCAAAAAACAAAUGCAAACCCUAAAAUAGAAACUGAAAAGCUACUAAAUGCUGGAUUAAAUAUGGAUCCAACCAUGUAUAUUUCAAAAAUUGUUGCAAUUUCUCAAUAUGUGUUUAAGGAUGCGAGCUAUAAAAAUAGUACAGAAGAGAUUGUGAAUGAUUUAUUAACUCCUCUUUGAAUUGGAACAAAAUAUAGGCAAAAUUUAGAUUUUUUAUUAACUUUAAUCUCAUUAAAUUGGAACAAUUUUUUUCCAAUCGGACUUUUAUUGGUGAAAAUAUUAAUUUUUAUAGAAUAUUUUGACCUAAUUUAAAGUAAAAAGUGUAACUAGAAUAGCAUUUAAAGAGUUCACACUGAAUCGAUUAAACUUUUAAAUUAAAUCUUUAUAAAAUAAAAUAUUCAAUUUUUUAUAUUUUUUAAUUUUAAGUAAAAUUUUUUAAAAACAAAUAUUAAUUCCAUUUCAAUUGGACCAGGAAUUUUAUUAUAAUUUAUUAGAGGAGGGAAUUAAAUACUUUAAAUAAAUGAGUUUCAAGCAAAGAAAUGACUCUCGUUGAUGUAAGCACUGCCAUUGAUGUUAUAAGUGUCUUUCUCACGAAGUCUGAUUACUACGGAGAGACUUUAAUGCUGAACAUUACUUCUAGCUUAUCGAAUAUUUUAAAUCAAACAGAUAAGCUUGAUAAAGACACAUAUGAAGUAUUAUUGGAGCAAAUUGACAUUAUUACAUAUAGUCAGUUGCUCUAAUUUCUGAUCGGCUCCCACGAGCCAAAGAUGGAUUUCACACGUGAAAAUCCAGAACUUCCACGUGGAAACCCAUUUUUGGCUCGUGGGAACCGAUCAGAAAUAACUAAAAAAGAUAAUACAGAUUUACUGGGCUAAGUGAUGAAGGCAAAACCAAUUACACUUCAUUGGAUUUUUAUUAUACGCUUAUUGAUUUUUUUGGUAAAGCAAAUGAUAAAUACCAAAAGCAAACACUCCCAAACGAAGUUAGUAUUACUUUUGAUGGAAAAUACUAUACUUCAGUGAUUGUUUCUAGAAGUAAAAGUACAUUGAGUGAGGAAAUUUCGAUAUCCAAUUGCACAGUUAGUUUUGAUGUGGAUGCUCAAAAUGAUGAUGAUAACAAAGUCUACCAUCAAGCUGUUGCGUUAUUAAAUAAUUUGAAGGAUGUAACAGCUGCACUACCUUCAGAAUUCCAAAAUAAUUUUGAUGCAGCCAAUUCUUGCUCUUUUGACUCGCAUAAUAAGUUCGGAUGCCGAAGCUACGAAAUGAACCAGAAUUUGGAUUAUGGGAUAUCAAAGAAUAAUGCUUAUGUCAAGCCAAGUGUAACUAAAUUUCAGUAUAAUUCUUAUAAGCAAGAAUCAGAAGCAGCUGAUGCAAAUGUGACCAUUGUUAUGCCCAAGUCUGCGCAAACAUUAUAUGAUACAACCUGCGAAGUAUUAAUUAAUGGGCUUUUUAGUAAUAAUCCAUGCAAUACAGUUGACCUUGGAAAUUUUGUCUAUCAGUGCGUAUGCAAAAAUCUUGGCUUAAUUACACAAAUUCCUGACCCAACGUUACAAAAUUUAUUUGUAAAAGGAAAAAUCUUGAUUAAUGUUAAAAUAUUUUCUGGCCUUUCAUUUAUCCCAUUUAUCGUUUAUAUAUUGCUCUCGCUCAUAUAUAUAAUAGGAUUGAGAGACUUAGGGAAGCUUGAUACAUUAACUUGCAAAACUUUGAAGAGUAAGGUAAAAUAUAUUAUGAGAAAAAUAAAAUCGUCUAUUGAAAGUCAUAUCAAAUUUAACGAAUUUUGCAGCAUAAAACAAAUUAAGAGGGGAUUAUUGAAUUUUACUAAAAAAAUAAAAGAAGAUGUGGCUGGAAAACUUACAGAUAUAAAUGAUAUAGAUUUUUUAGACGCUUUAAUAACAGAUAAAUUGAUUAUUAAGCAAGCUGAAGAUGCAAUUUUAAAAAAUGAUAUAGAUAUAAUUAAAUCUCUCACUUUACCUGACGUAGAAUUCAAUAAUUUGAUGCAUAGCAUUCGUGUUAGAAGAAUGAUUUUCGCUAAACUUUAUUACUUUAUAAGGAGUUAUUGCUAUCAGGAAGCUUAUGAAAAAAAAAUUAUCAACAAAAUUAAAGAUCUCACUAGUAAUAGAGAUCCGCAUAUUGAAGCAUCAGCAAAGUUAAUAAAAGAAAUAAUAAAGCAAAUAAAAUCUGGAGAAUUUAUUGUAAACAAUUAUGAAGAAAAUAGUGAAGAGCAUCAAGAUAAUGGGGAUAAUGAAGAAGUUGGAGACAGUCAAGUGCUUCUUAACAUAGAAAAUGACGAAAGCACUUUUUAUUAUAAUUCGAACUCUUAUGGAAUUUUUAUUGAGCUUCUCGCAAACAAAAUGAAAAACGAUUUUCUUCAUGAGGAUACUUUUUAUUAUUAUUUUAUCAAAAGUAAUUUGCUGCUGGGCUUAAUUGGGUUUACAAGUAUGAAUUUUUCUAGAAGAGGUAGACUUACUUUGUUUAUGCUGACUGCAUUUACAGAUGUAUGAGUAGCAGUAUUUUUCUUUGAAGAUAAAAAUAAUUAUUAUAGUUCCUUUUCAAUACUUUCUAUAAGCGAAGUUCAACUAAUUAUUAUCGGAAUUUCUAUUGUAAUUGGAUUAAUUACAGGGAUUUUAGGUCACUUUCUACCUAGCAAUUACACUCAGUCAGAGUUAUGAAAGGAAGAGAAAGUUAAAUAUAAGACAUCAAAAAUCGCUUAUUUAAUCAGUUGAGUAGCAAUGUUGUUUUUGCUUUGGAAUGCCUGUUCAAAUGCAGGUAAUCUAUCAUACAGUCAGCAUGGAAAUCUCAUUAAAAGCAUCACAAUUACUUUGAUUGUUACCGUUUUACUUGAAGGGGUAAUCAAGCCUAUUUUAGAGGCAUUAUUACAUAAAUAUAGAGUUUUGACUGUAAUUAAGAGAAGUUGCUUAGAUAUAAUGGGACUAGUGAUUUGUUGUAAAAAGAGAAAUCCUGCACAAGUUUACGCAGAAGAAAAUAUUAAAUCUGAUGAAGGUUUUUUGGAAAUAGAAGAAUCUCAAAUUUAA